GUGUAACUAAUGCGCGUCUGCAGCUCACUUCAAUAGGGUUUCUAGCUUCUACGGCAGUUCAUUUUUCUCUCGCCGGCUGCGAAGAAAAGCUACAGGGAAGGUUCACCAGCCGCGCGACGCCGCUUCUGCAGAGAUCAUAGCACAUCCUUAAUAGUGCAUUUAAUUUUCAUUCGAUUUUUGAAUCUGGUAAGUGAUUAAUUGUAUUGGUUUUCAGGAUUUCGUUUCGGCUGAUAUUUUCUUCAGGUGAAGCAUCAGCAAUUCUACCGUGUCUUUCCAGGCUCGGCGAUCUCAACUAAGAGUCCUUCAAAGUUCAAGGUUGCUAGAUGGAUUGGCAAGGGCAGAAGUUGGCAGAGCAGUUGAUGCAACUGAUGUUGGUGUCGUUUGCAGUAGUUGCAUUUGUCACAGGAUAUGUUUUGGGGUCAUUUCAGAUCAUGCUGCUAAUCUAUGCUGCUGGGGUUGUGCUAACUUCACUCAUAACCAUUCCCAAUUGGCCCUUCUUCAACCGGCACCCUCUCAACUGGUUGGAACCGCUCGAGGCUGACAGGCAUCCGAAGCCCGAGCCAGCUAGCUCUGUCCCCAAGAAGAAAUCGUCUCACAAAAAGGCAUAUUGAAUGAACAUGUGACAAGGGUGUGAACCUCACAAAGUAUAAGGUGACUUGUUUUCAUAUUGUGCCUUGAGGAUUGAUUAAACAUGGAAUUUAAUGGACUCAGAAGAAUGGUGUGAACCUCACCAGAUUUAAGACACAUUAUUUUCAUAGUGCCCCUUGAGGAUUGAUGAAA